AUGACCCGCCUCGCAUCAUCAGGAGGGGCUAGAACCAACAACAGAGACCAUCACGAGGGGCUAGAACCAACAACAGGCAUCAUCAGGAGGGGCUGGAACCAACAACAAGCAUCAUCAGGAGGGGCUGGAACCAACAACAGGCAUCAUCAGGAGGGGCUGGAACCAACAACAAGCAUCAUCAGGAGGGGCUGGAACCAACAACAGGCAUCAUCAGGAGGGGCUGGAACCAACAACAAGCAUCAUCAGGAGGGGCUGGAACCAACAACAGGCAUCAUCAGGAGGGGCUGGAACCAACAACAAGCAUCAUCAGGAAGGGCUGGAACCAACAACAGGCAUCAUCAGGAGGGGCUGGAACCAACAACAAGCAUCAUCAGGAAGGGCUGGAACCAACAACAGGCAUCAUCAGGAAGGGCUGGAACCAACAACAGGCAUCAUCAGGAGGGGCUGGAACCAACAACACACAUCAUCAGGAGGGGCUGGAACCAACAACAGGCAUCAUCAGGAGGGGCUGGAACCAACAACACGCAUCAUCAGGAGGGGCUGGAACCAACAACAAGCAUCAUCAGGAGGGGCUGGAACCAACAACAGGCAUCAUCAGGAAGGGCUGGAACCAACAACAGGCAUCAUCAGGAGGGGCUGGAACCAACAACACACAUCAUCAGGAGGGGCUGGAACCAACAACAGGCAUCAUCAGGAGGGGCUGGAACCAACAACAGGCAUCAUCAGGAGGGGCUGGAACCAACAACAAGCAUCAUCAGGAAGGGCUGGAACCAACAACAGGCAUCAUCAGGAAGGGCUGGAACCAACAACAGGCAUCAUCAGGAGGGGCUGGAACCAACAACACACAUCAUCAGGAGGGGCUGGAACCAACAACAGGCAUCAUCAGGAGGGGCUAGAACCAACAACACGCAUCAUCAGGAGGGGCUGGAACCAACAACAAGCAUCAUCAGGAGGGGCUGGAACCAACAACAGGCAUCAUCAGGAAGGGCUGGAACCAACAACAGGCAUCAUCAGGAGGGGCUGGAACCAACAACACACAUCAUCAGGAGGGGCUGGAACCAACAACAGGCAUCAUCAGGAGGGGCUGGAACCAACAACAGGCAUCAUCAGGAGGGGCUAGAACCAACAACAGGCAUCAUCAGGAGGGGCUGGAACCAACAACAGGCAUCAUCAGGAGGGGCUGGAACCAACAACAGGCAUCAUCAGGAGGGGCUGGAACCAACAACACGCAUCAUCAGGAGGGGCUGGAACCAACAACAGGCAUCAUCAGGAGGGGCUGGAACCAACAACAGAGACCAGAGGAGGACUAGGACCAGCCCCUCCCUCCAUCCUCACCAAACACCACCUCCUCCCCACCUCCAUCUCCUCCUCUUCCCCAUCCUCCUCUAA